UUUGCUUAUAAAAUUCUCUCCCCAUUUAGAUUUAAAUUAUUUAAUAUUUCUUGGCAAUUACACUCUUUCUCUAUAUAUAGCUCUCUAAAUGGACCAAACCUCUUCAUCACUCUCACAAGCACUACUACUACUACUACUUCUCAUUUUCCCACCCACCCCCCCUUCCUAAAUCUCAGCUCUCUCAAAUUUCCAUUCCAUUUCUAGUCUCAUUUCCCUCUUUGAUUUCCAAUGGCAACUGUUGAGGUAACACCUGUAGUGACAGCAUUUCCUGAAAACGAAUCAACCGAGGUGAUCAAGAAGACCGAAGAGACAGAGACAGAAGAGGUGGUGGUCGCCGCACCGGCCCCAGAGCCAGUGAGUGAAGAACCAACGGUGGAAACGGCCGAUGCUAUAGUAACAGAAUCGCCACCAGCCACCGUAGAGGUUGAAGUUCCUCCGGCUGAAGAAGUCGCGACUAAGGAGGAAGUUAUUGAGGAAGCUGAAGAACCGGUGGUAGUGGUGGAGAAAGCAGUAGAAGAAGAAGAAGUGGCGACAGAGGUGAUCGAGGAGCCUGUUGUUGCUGAAGAGAUUAAAGAGGAAACUGUGGAAGCUACCACAGCACCGGCCGAGGAACCAGCCGCCGAAGAAGAGAAAAAAAGUGAGGCAGUUGCUGAGGAAGCUACCACAGAAGCAAUUCCAGUUGAGAAGGCUGAGGAAUAGACAAAUACAAUGGUGGUGUUCCAUGGUUGCUUGCCGGAGUUUGCAUUUUCAGUUUUUUUAUUUAAUUUCAUUUAGUUUGUUUGUAUUGUCCUUGUUGUUAAUUAUUGGUAAGGGAGGGUUUGUGGGUGCAAUAUGGAAGCUAUAAGUAGUAUUGACCACUUGGGUCCAUGUCAGCAUACUUGACAAGUGGCUGAUAGGGGUUGGUGGUGAGGUGGAACGGUGCCACGUGGAAUAUGAACAUUGGUUCCAAGAGGGCUAGUGAGAGUUUGAGAUGUGGUUUAUGGGCUUGAAUAAGGAAUAUUUUUGUGUUUCCAUGUUUGAUACAUAA